AUGUCUUUAGAACCAGAGGCUUAUGUUCUCCUCACAGUCCCUAACUGUGUUCUCUCACUGCCCUCUGGCAAUGCCACAUACAACGGGAGCCUUGCUCUAGAAUAUGUGUCUCUUCCCCUCCCUCCAUCGUCUGUCGUCGACCCUACAGCUCCCGACAUGUUUCUUAUCCUUCGCCUCAGCUCAUACGAAGUUCUUUUGGAUCCCGCGCGCACCAUUACUGCAACCGUCUCACCAUCGGGUGAGCGCAAGUACAUCUUCCAUGCGACCCAUGAUGGACCAAAUCAACUCUUCCUAUCAAUCCCUCCUCCCGAUAGCGUGCACGCAUUGGAGGACAUCGAGCUUUUCCAUAGUGUCUUAGCCGAAUACGGAGACUUUCGUGGGGAUUUUAACAUUGACUCUCCAGCAGCCGAUGCUCAGGCCACUGAUGAGAAGGAAGAGGAUCUGCGCGGAAGGUUCAUCCUUGUGGAUGAGAAUAAUGGCGAAGUCAUCGGCGCUUUGGAUAACACCAUCUCUGUGCGCGAAGAUCCAAUGCUGCGAGAGAAGGGUCACGAGAACGAUCCUGUAAUCGUCGAGCUACCAGAGGGCGUGGAAGGCGCGGGGGACUGGACAGGUCAGGAAGUGCUUGUGCGGGCCGUACCGCCUGAAGAUAGGGAUUGGAUGAUGAAGGGGGCCGUAUUCGCCAGCCACGUUAUAUCCGGGACGACGACCCUGCUCACAUCUGCAAUGAACUCGGCAUCAAGCUACUACAUCGCAAACUCCACCCCGUCGCCUCAUGCCACCCCGUCCACAACCGCGCCUGCAUCUGGGACCGCUUCACCACCAUCUUCACGCACCCUUCUUCUUCUGCAGUCCCCCAAUACCCGCAAGCAUCUGACCCGCAUUCAUGCCCUAAGCGGCCAGGCCGUGAAGGUGAGCAGCAAAACAGCAGGUAUGGUAGAAGGAAUGAUCCACCGCGUUGUCGGCGGUUCUGAUAAGGGCAAGGGUAGGGCUUCGGGGACGUCGACACCCUCAUCCGGCAGCAUUGCUUCGGGUUACAGGCCUCCUUUACCCCCACGGGCUAGUUCUAAAGCCGGAUCAACGACAAGCCAACUUCAGCCCUCUCCACCCCCAUACACCGCUUAUCAUGGAAGCGCCGCUGAAAUUCCGCUUCCGCUACGUAAAUCUUCCACCAUCUCCUCGUCACCAUCGCCGUCCCCAGCACCCACGCCUCGCGUGAACCGUUCACCCGUGAGCACGCGCACCUCUCUCGCUCUCUCCGCUGGCAUUCUCCUCUCCACCCUCUCCACUUCUUCUGUUCGCCUUGUUGACGCCGGCUCAUCUGCCCUGAGCGCUGCCGUCACGCACAAGUACGGUGCCGAGGUAGGCGGUAAUGUAAACAUUGCUGCAGGCGCAGCACGAAAUGUUGUCCUUGUGUACGUGGAUGUGACGGGUAUGGGCCGACGUGCAAUUGUGAAGACUGCAGCAAAAGCAUGGGUCAAAGGGAAAAUG